CCUUACAACUCCAUCCUGACCACGCACACGACGCUCGAACAUUCAGACUGUGCUUUCAUGGUGGAUAACGAAGCCAUCUACGACAUCUGCCUCAGGAACCUGGAUAUUGCGUGCCCCACAUACACCAACCUCAAUCGUCUGAUUGGGCAGAUUGUGUCGUCCAUCACAGCCUCCCUGAGGUUUGAUGGCACCCUGAAUGUGGACCUAACAGAAUUCCAGACCAACCUGGUGCCCUACCCUCGCAUCCACUUCCCACUGGCGACCUAUGCCCAGGUCAUCUCUGCUGAGAAGGCAUACCAUGCGCAGCUGUCAGUGGCAGAGAUCACCAACGCCUGCUUCGAGCCAGCCAAUCAGAUGGUUAAGUGUGACCCUCGCCGCGGCAAAUACAUGGCCUGCUGCAUGUUGUACCGGGGGGAUGUGGUUCCCAAAGAUGUCAACGCGGCUAUUGCCACCAUCAAGACAAAGCGCACCAUCCAGUUUGUAGAUUGGUGCCCAACUGGAUUUAAGGUGGGUAUUAAUUACCAGCCUCCCACCGUGGUCCCUGGGGGAGACCUGGCCAAGGUACAGCGGGCCGUGUGCAUGCUGAGCAAUACCACGGCCAUCACAGAGGCCUGGGCCCGCCUGGAUCACAAAUUUGACCUCAUGUAUGCCAAGCGGGCCUUUGUGCAUUGGUAUGUGGGAGAAGGUAUGGAGGAAGGAGAGUUCUCAGAGGCCGGGGAAGACCUAGCAGCACCGGAGAAGGAUUAUGAAGAGGUGGGCGUGGAUUCCGUGGAAGCAGAGGCAGAAGAAGGGGAGGAGUACUGA